AGCGAGCGUUUUUUUUCUUUUGCUUCCGCCUUCACAAUCAUAAGUGCCCUUCCCAAAGAAGAUAACUAAGUUACUGAAGUGAACUUAUGAGUUUGUGUGGAUCCUAAAAGAUGUCAAAUGUAAUCGUCGUCCAAAGCAGAACACAUGAGUUUACACCUGCUGAAUGCUGAGCCUUUCCUUUACGAACAUCUUUCAGGAUAGUUUUACAGACUUCACAGUCUCUCAUAUCUGAACUCCUGCAGAAUGAGUUUGGCGGAGAUCAACGAGAAUGUGAAGCUGGCCAGAGAGUACGCGCUGCUGGGGAACUACAGCUCUGCGGUGGUCUGUUAUCAGGGGGUCCUGGAGCAGAUCAGAAAACACCUCUACUCCGUCAGAGACUCCUCUCUACAGCAGAAAUGGCAGCAGGUUUUGCAGGAGAUAAAUGAGGAAACUAAGCAGGUUCAGGAGAUCAUGGCAACACUUGAGAGCUUUCAACUGGAGUCGACCCCAUCCAAACCCAGCAGCUUUGUCCUGGAAAAUGACAUUAUGCCCGUUCACGUGGAGCACAGGCCGUCUCCGUUUGUAUUGCGGAAACCCUCCGGCCCGCAUAAAGAAAGCAAAGGCCACGGGAACCGACUGAGCGCUGGCCCCCGCAACCAACCACGGCCCUCACCUCGCGUGGGCAACGGUGACAAGGGAAAACCUCAGAAAGGCAAAGAAAAGAAAGAAAACCCUUCCAAGCCAAAAGAUGAUAAGAACAAAGCGGAGGGUGUGGAGACGGAGGUGAAGAGGUUUGACAGAGGAGGAGAGGACAGAGAUCUGAUUGAAAUUCUGGAGAGAGACAUCAUCUCCCAAAACCCCAAUGUCACAUGGGAUGACAUUGCUGACCUCGAGGAGGCCAAGAAGCUUCUGAAGGAAGCCGUGGUUCUGCCCAUGUGGAUGCCGGAGUUCUUUAAAGGAAUAAGACGCCCAUGGAAGGGAGUGUUGAUGGUGGGGCCGCCAGGCACAGGAAAGACUUUGCUGGCCAAAGCUGUUGCCACAGAGUGCCGAACCACCUUCUUUAACGUGUCCUCCUCCACCCUCACCUCCAAAUACAGAGGAGAGUCUGAGAAACUUGUGCGGCUGCUGUUUGAAAUGGCACGCUUUUAUGCCCCAACCACCAUCUUCAUUGAUGAGAUCGACUCCAUAUGCAGCCGUAGAGGAAACUCAGAAGAACAUGAAGCCAGCAGACGUGUCAAAGCUGAACUACUCGUCCAGAUGGAUGGUGUUGGUGGGACGUCUGAAUAUGACCCUUCAAAAAUGGUCAUGGUUCUGGCAGCCACUAACUUCCCAUGGGACAUCGAUGAAGCUCUGAGACGUCGACUAGAGAAGAGAAUUUACAUCCCACUGCCUUCAGCUAAAGGAAGAGUGGAGUUACUGAAGAUCAGUCUGAAGGAGCUGGAGCUGGCCAAUGAUGUCAACAUGGACAAGAUCGCUGAGCAGAUGGAGGGGUACUCUGGUGCUGACAUCACCAACGUUUGCAGAGAUGCAUCUCUAAUGGCAAUGAGAAGGCGGAUUGAGGGAUUGACCCCUGAGGAGAUACGAAACUUGUCAAAAGAUGAGAUGCACAUGCCCACUACAAUGGAGGACUUUGAGACGGCACUGACCAAAGUGUCCAAGUCUGUAUCUGCUGCUGACCUAGAAAAAUAUGAAAAGUGGAUAGCGGAGUUUGGCUCGUGCUGAUGAUCCCAAAGAUCCUUGAUCGUUCCUCCUCACAGUAGUCGUUAGCACCAGUUUUACUAAAUCUCAGAGCAUUUCCACCUUCAACCAGACUGAAUUCAAAGGGUGACAAGUCUUGCCUUACAUGAGGUGUGUAUGAGUGUACGGACUCAUAGUAAUAGUUUAAUAAUAAUAGAAUUGGUUUUACAUCUACAGAAGCUGGAUACAGUUUAAACUUACUUCCGAGCUAAAGUUCACUCACAUUAAAAUGAAUUUGUUAGGACGAAGGCUGCACUAAUUAUCCAGUAAACCCAGAAUGGAGUCUGCCCUUAUAACAAAUAACCCCAUGUGUUGCCUUACUGUAGUGUGUACAGACAAUCAUGCUGAGGUUGUGGACACAGGAAUGGACUGUAUGUUUUGUCUUGUAAUAUCACUGCCAAUAACCAAAGACCAGCUAAUCCUGUUCUCUGUUGUCUCCAAAUGCUACUUGAGGUGAAAAGCUAUGCAAGCUAAUAGGUUUACUGCACCUGUGCCACUGUGGUUGAUCUAAAGGCCAAAGUUUCCAGCAUUUGAUAAUUGUCUUAAUAGUGAUGAGACCAUGAGUGUCUUAAAGAUGUGUCUAGCACUUGACUUUUAUAAACACUAUAGAACCGGA